UAGCCGAGAGCGCGCGCGCAUUUUCCCACGAUCAGGAAAAUCGAAUUCCACAGCCAUGAAGGAUCGUUUCAACUGGAUGUCGCUGGAGCUGAUCCUGCUGAUUGGCGCCGCCGUCGCCUUUCCGGACGGAGCUCCGGCGGACACGUGCGUAAAGCAGCGGGCCAAUCAGCCGAAUCACGGCAAGGCUAGAAGUCAACCGGCCCACUCGAAUCCCUACGAGGUGGUGGCCGAUGCCCAGACCUACCAUCCCGGCCAGCAGAUAUCGGUGGUCAUCUAUCCGCACUCGGAUCAGAGCACCGUCUUCCGGGGAUUCUUCCUGCAGGCGCGCGAUGCCAACUCGAACGAGUGGAUUGGGGAGUGGGUGCAGAGCGAGAACACCAAGACCAUUCCGGAGUGCUCGGCCAUCACGCACUCGGACAACCGGGACAAGUUGGGCGCCAAGCUCAUCUGGAAGGCGCCCCAAAAUAAGCGGGGACAUGUCUACUUCACGGGCACUGUGCUACAGGAGUACGGAACCUUUUGGAGCGACAUUGUGAACAAGGUGCAGGCGGAGCGGCAAUAACUGAAAUUAUGUACUUACUUUUAAGGCAGCUGCACCACCGGCAAAACGCCGGGCAAUAAAUCUUAA